GUGUGAAGGAUGCAGGGAUUAAAAGGGAUGAUGAUAUCUGAGAGGGCAUUUAAAUUCUGCCUUUAUAACAGUUGCCUCGCCUCACUGCUUGACCUCACGUGAAAAGUAGCAACCAACAUACUCUUUACUUUCCAGGAGAAAAAGAAGAAAUAAGGUGAUUUUCUGAAGGAAUUGAAUGACUAACUGGUGAGCUUGGGCAGCUAAGGUAGAGCUGGUACCUGCAGAGUAAUUCCUCCUCCAUAGAAUUUUAAUAGUUAAUAAUUCCCUGCCUGCCCGCCCGGCAGUGGAGCCUUCCAGUUGGCAUGCCCCACCCACGUCUAUGGAACCACCUAGGAAGAAAACCAAUCGCGCUAUACCGCUGCGGAGGGAACCUACUUGACCCACCAAGAAAAAGCAACCCAGACCUUCCUUCGUUUUUCAAAAUAAAUAGCCACGGAGCCCAAGUGCCCACUUCUCAAGUGUGAACUGUAUACAGCGACUCCCUUCCAAAGUGCACAGUAUGGAAGGGGGGGGAAGUACUCACUUCACAGUGGAGACACAAGAUAAUGCCAGAGUCAGCAUUGGCAGUGGUCAGUGGCGCCACAACGAGUGGGGGCGAGAACGAGCGAGAGGAUGGCGAGCAGGGGUGGAAGCCCCCAGACCAGGAGUUAAUCAGGAAGCUGGUGGAUCAGAUCGAAUUCUACUUUUCUGAUGAAAACUUGGAGAAGGACGCCUUCCUGCUAAAGCACGUGAGGAGGAACAAGCUGGGGUACGUAAGCGUCAAGCUCCUCACGUCCUUCAAAAAGGUGAAACACCUGACCCGGGACUGGAGAACCACGGCGCACGCCUUGAAAUACUCGGUGACCCUCGAGUUGAACGAGGACCAGCGGAAGGUGAGGAGGACCACCCCCGUUCCGCUCUUCCCCAACGAGAACCUGCCGAGCAAGAUGCUCCUGGUCUACGAUCUCCACCUGUCCCCCAAGCUGUGGGCCCUGGCCACCCCCCAGAACGGGAGGGUGCAGGAGAAGGUCAUGGAGCAUCUGCUCAAGCUCUUCGCGACCUUCGGGGUCAUCUCGUCGGUGCGGAUCCUUAAACCUGGGAGGGAGCUGCCCCCCGACAUCCGGAGGAUCAGCAGCCGGUACAGCCAGGUGGGGACCCAGGAGUGCGCCAUUGUGGAGUUCGAGGAGGUGGAGGCGGCCAUGAAAGCCCACGAGUUCAUGAGCACAGAAUCUCAGGGCAGGGAGAACAUGAAGGCCGUCCUGAUUGGCAUGAAGCCACCCAAAAAGAAGCCGCUCAAAGACAAGAACCAGGACGAGGAGCCCGCCGCAAGCAGCCACCCGAGCAAGUCCCUGAACAAGAGAGUCGAGGAGCUACAGUACAUGGGCGACGAGUCUUCCGCCAACAGCUCCUCCGACCCCGAGAGCAAUCCCACGUCCCCCAUGGCCGGCCGGCGCCAUGCGGCCGCCAACAAGCUCAGCCCUUCUGGCCCCCAGAAUCUCUUUCUGAGCCCCAACGCCUCCCCGUGCUCGAGUCCCUGGAGCAGCCCCUUGGCUCAACGCAAAGGCGUUUCCAGAAAAUCCCCGCUGGCCGAGGAGGGGCGGCUGAACUGUAGCACCAGUCCUGAGGUCUUCCGCAAGUGCAUGGAUUAUUCUUCUGACAGCAGCAUCACUCCCUCCGGUAGCCCGUGGGUUCGGAGGCGCCGCCUGGCUGAGAUGGGGACCCAGGAGAAGAGCCCCGGAGUGAGUCCCCUGUUGUCCCGGAAGAUGCAGACUGCAGACAGGUUACCCGUGGGGGUGCUGAGACUGCCCAGGGGCCCUGACAACACCAGAGGAUUCCAUGGGGGACACGAGAGAGGCAGGGCCUAUGUAUAAAUACCUUCUAUUUUUAAUACCGGCUCCCUCGAAAUACCCGGCAUGGCAUAAGAUGCAAUUAAGUCCCCAUCGAAAAAUUUUGUAUACAUGUAAACCUCUUAAUUUAUAUAUUUGUAAUGUAUAUAAGUUGUCUGGUACGCUAUGGUUUUAAGAACAUCUCCUAGUUCAGCACAACCAGCAUGACCAUUCUUUUGAUGAUGCCCAAUGUGUCUGAAUGUUACGGCUCUGCAGGGCUGCGCGACUGACGCUCUCCAGGGCCGGUCGGGCCGCCGGUCUCUUCUUCCGGACAGAGUUCUUCCCCGCGGUGACUGAGCUGUCCUCGGCGGGCCACGCAGGGCCUUCCUGGGAGCCCACGGGACUUCUGUUGUGUCACGGCCACUCAUUCAGCCGGUAGCGUGGUGUCUUACAGGACCAAAUGUGUAUUUCCCGUCAAGUGAAUAAAUAAUUAAACACCCGA